CUGCGCUUGCUCUGUAAAGAAGCCAUGGCGUAUAUAGCUAGCAGCGGCAGCGGAUGAGCGUAGCAUUUUUCGACCAAACCAUCUUGGCACCGCAUCCGACUGGCUCAGUUUAUCGCCAUCAUGUUAUGUUGGGGCCCGAAUAACUACUUGAUAAUAUUUGAUGGUAUGGUGUCUUAGUUUCAAUCUGUAAUCUUAUUCUGAUCUACGAUUUUCUUCUGGAGGAUUUUGGAUGUUGAAACAAAUUAUCUGAAAAGCUUGUUGACCUGCGCCCGAAUGUUAGCAAAUUGGCUAGCUAAGAAAAGGGUCUAGCCUAAAAGCGGAAGUGGGGAAAUUCCCCGGAUACUGGCUGACAAGGUUCAUUGAUUGGUGAAAACAUCUGGUGAUGGAUGGAAACAAGGAAGCAGGAGGUGGAGCCCCGGAGAGGAUUCUGCUGGAACCCUACAAAUACCUGCUGCAGCUACCAGGAAAACAAGUCAGGACAAAACUCUCUCAAGCGUUUAACCACUGGCUCAAUGUUCCAGAGGAUAAACUGCAGGUCAUCAUAGAGGUGACCGAGAUGCUCCACAAUGCCAGCCUCCUUAUCGACGACAUCGAAGACAACUCUACGUUGCGGAGAGGCUUCCCCGUCGCCCACAGCAUCUACGGAGUCCCCUCUGUGAUCAACUCUGCCAACUACGUCUACUUCCUGGGAUUAGAGAAGGUCCUGACGCUGGAGCACCCAGAGGCGGUGCGUGUGUUCACCAGACAGCUACUGGAGCUCCACUGCGGCCAAGGUCUGGACAUCUACUGGAGGGACACCUACACCUGCCCCACAGAGAGCCAGUACCGGGCCAUGGUCCUCCAGAAGACCGGGGGGCUCUUUGGCCUCGCUGUGGGUCUGAUGCAGCUGUUCUCUGCCUGGGACCGAGACCUUAAGCCCCUCCUGGACACACUGGGACUCUUCUUCCAGAUCAGAGAUGAUUACGCCAACUUGAACUCAGCUGAGUACAGCGAGAACAAAAGCUUCUGUGAAGACCUCACAGAGGGGAAGUUCUCCUUCCCAACCAUCCACGCCAUCUGGUCUCGUCCAGAGAGCACCCAGGUCCAGAACAUCUUGAGGCAAAGGACGGAGAAUGUGGACAUCAAGAAGUACUGUGUAGACUAUCUGGAAAAGGUGGGCUCCUUCGCCUACACUAGGGAGACGCUCAGGGGUCUGGAGGCCGAAGCGUACCGCCUCAUCAACGAUCUGGGGGGGAAUCCGGAGCUGGAAGGGUUGGUGGACCACCUCAGUACCUUGUACAGAGAACCAGAGCCCAAAGCUGGGCCUAAACAGGACUGACCCACAGGUACCAGAACCAUAGCUUGGUGUUAUGGGCUGCUACAAACACACCUUCCACUCAGUCCACUUCCUGUCCCAGACCAACACAUGGCACCAUGACCCCUGGCUGACCCCAACAACACUUGACCCCUGGCUGACCCCAACAGCCUUCACAUUACAUUACUGCAGCUCCUCUGGAUACCCUGGGUAAAAUGUGUAUAGUUGCCUCUGUUAGGUCUGUAGCAGUGGAUAUGAAGGGGCUGAACUAACCACACCUGUAAGGACAAGACAGGAUAGAUGUUCACAGCACAUUGUCCGACUAACACUGUAUUCCAAAACACUUAAAAGCCUUAUUUGUGGAAUACAAAUGUGUUUUUCUGUGUGAACACCAACAAGAAAUUGGGUUAGUGGAUGAUUGCUGCAAAUAUUAUUUUCUUGCUGCCAGUAUCGGAAGGUGUAGAAGUAUGCUACUGGCUGAGUGCCAAGAAGGAGUAUUUUGUUAUCAGUGUUGGUGAUAACACUGUGGUGUGACGUAAAACCUGAUCCUCUGUUUGAUGUAUGGAGGCGUUCAGUUACUGUUCCUUUGAUAAAGGGCAGCACAACAGAUUGUUUACACAGCAAUGUCCCCUGUCAGGCAGUGUCUAAUAUAACAGCCUGCUGCUUCGUUCAUUAACGUUGAUGUUUAAGUUUAUGCUGUACAUUGCAAAUGGGAACUAUGCGCCAAACUUGAAUUUCUCAAAUAAACCUAUUUAAGAAGU